AUGGUUCAGUGUUACUGUUGUAAUAGGUUUGGCCACUUUGCUAAAGAUUGUUGGUCAAACAAAGAAGAAGCAAAAAUAGCCAGAGGAGAUUCUGAUGAUGAACUUGUGCUAUUAAUGGCUUAUGAAUCUGAUGAGGAACCUGUGAGUUUGUCGUUUUCUGAUUCUGAAGGGGAAGAAGAUAACUCUGAGUAUUCUGAAGGAGUAUUUUUAUAUGAUUCAGAAUCACAAGAUGACUUUGAAGAUUCUGGAGAAGAGUCAGAAUUUGAGGUUUCUGAAGAUAAGUCAGAGUUAGAAGAUGACUCUGAAGCUGAAGACAAGUCAGAUUCUGAAGGUGGAACUUCUGAAGGCAGAGCUUCUGAAGGUAGUCCAGCUUCUGACGGUGGUCAUGAUUCUGAAAGAAAAGAUUAUGAAGUUGGAACUUUUGAAGGCAGAGCUUCUGAAGGCGAUCCAACUUCUAAAGGUGGUGGUUUUGAACAAGACCCAGAAGUUAACAAAGGUGGAACUUCUGGUGGUAGUCAAACUUCCAAAGAAAAUCCAGAAGGAGAUAUGGUUCCAGAAUUAGAAGGAGAUUCUGAACUAUUGGGUAUUGAAGAAGCACUCGAGAAGAAAGGUUGGCUGAAUGCCAUAAAAGAAGAACUUGAGGCUUUAGAAGGAAACAAGGCUUGGAAGUUAACUAAGCUUCCAAAGGAUAAGAAAACCAUCACCGUCAGAUGGGUUGAGACUCUCACCAAGUGA